AUGAAGGUCUUCGACACCGUUGCCCUACUUAGCACUGUGGCAAGCAGCUGGGCAAGUCGGUUUAUCUCUCGUGCUUCGGAUAGCACAACUGUCUUGUCAGAUGCUACGCCUAGGCGUUAUAUUGUGGAACUGAAAUCGCACAGUGAGUUUAUGGACGUUAGUCAGGAGUUGACCAAGUAUGAAGGUCUCGGCAUCGUGAAGGAGCUCAACUGGGAUGUAUUCCCAGCUCUGAGCAUCGAAUGCGAGGCUCACUGCGACCAAUCAUCGCUAAAAGCUACUAUCAACCAGUUGUUUGGACACGAGGUUGUGGCCGCCGUUUACAAAUCUCGCCCAAUGCAGAUCCCGCCAACUGUCGAGGGAGAAUCCUUCGCGGAUGAUACAAGAGCUGUUAAUUAUUCUGUCCAUGGACAAACUGGUGUUGAUAAGCUCCAUGAGGCUGGCAUCAAAGGUAAGGGCGCACUAGUUGCUCUUGUCGACAGUGGCAUUCAGUAUACACACCCUGCACUUGGAGGUGGUAUUGGAGAAGGCUUCACGGUAUCUGGUGGCUUCGAUCUCGUGGGUGACUCUUGGCCAGCCACCGCUCCCGAGCCUGACAACGACCCUUACGAUGUUUUUGGGCAUGGUACACAUUGUGCUGGUAUAAUCGCUGGUAAGAGUGAACAGUUUACGGGAGUCGCGCCUGAAGCCAAUCUUUUUGGUGUCAAAGUCUUUGGCAGCUCAGGAUACUCGGAUGAAGCAACAGUGAUCGAAGGGUUUCUGAAGGCAUAUGAGUCUGGGGCUGACAUCAUCAGCGCAAGUCUGGGCGAAAGAAGCGGAUUCACAACUAACGCUCUUGCAGUAGUUGCAUCAAGACUUGUAGAUGCUGGAGUAGUCGUGGUUGUCGCGGCCGGUAAUGAUGGCAUAGACGGUCCUUUUGCAGCCUCAAAUGGUGCCUCCGGGAAGCACUCGCUCACAGUAGCAUCAGCAGAGGCAGGCGCUCUCCCAGCCAAUACUUUCAAUGCAAAGUUUAUCACAAAUAGCAUUGUCGAGGAAACCGAGAUUGCCUAUCUUUUGGGACAAGGUUCUUUUCCGAAAACCCUACUGGACAUAAUUAUCAAGCCAUUGACGUUGAACAUAUCAGUGGAAAGCGACGCGUGUAGCCCUCUGCCUCAAGAUACACCACAGCUGAACGAAACUGUGGUACUUGUUCGGCUCGGAGGCUGUACCAUUGAUGCAAAGUGGAUUAAUAUUGCGGCGCGCGGAGCUCAGUACGCUCUCUUCUACAACACUGAUGCACCAAUUAUGCCCCCACUAGGUACCGUGUCCCAGAAUCCGAUAGCUGUCAUAGAAGCUCAAGCUGGACAGACUAUCAUUGAGGCUAUCCAAAAAGGUGGAAAUGUCACGGCAUCAUUCAACGUCGACGCGAAUCAUUACGUUGGUGUCUACAACUCUGGGGCAGGCAGACCGGCCCGUUACAGCUCGUGGGGUGGGACUUAUGACCUCGCCCUGAAACCAGACAUCUCAGCACCCGGUACAAGAAUACUCAGUAGUUAUCCUACCAACGAAUUCCGGAUUCUUAGUGGAACGAGCAUGGCAACUCCCUAUAUUGCGGGAGUGGCAGCCCUCUGGGUCAGCCAGUUCGGUGGGCGAGCAGCGCACUCAAAUGAUCCCGCUUGGGCCCAGAGACUGAUAUCACGCAUCACCUCUACUGGUCGUGCAAUGCCUUGGGCAGACUGGUCUACCAGCGAUACAGUGUACAAAUUCUGGUCUCCACCGUCACAAGUCGGUGCUGGUCUUAUCGAUGCUCAGGCUGUUCUGGGAUAUACCACUGACAUUGGUUUUGAUUGUCGUAAAAUUGAGCUCAACGACACGGCACACUUUCAGGGCGUCCACACUGUGGAAAUCACUAACAAUGGGAAGGAAACUGUAGCAUAUAAUUUCGAGAUCCAACCCGCUGGGGGAUACGACUCCUGGAUUCCACUUCCUCCGGGUCAACAGUUAUACGCCCUUCCACGAACAGCCUUCUACUCCGAGGUCGAACUAGUUGAAUUCGAUCCUGAGAUAGCUCUACCGAGAAGUCUGACUGUCAAGGCAGGGCAGACUAUUUCAGCUGAGAUUUCUUUCAAGUCUCCUUCAGGCGCCAAUGAAACCAACAUCCCAGUCUAUGGUGGUAAGAUACUCGUCCGUGGCUCCAAUGACGAAGAGCUCGGUAUCCCUUAUUUUGGUGUUGCAGCCUCUAUCCAAGAACAGAUCCAGAAAGUGUUCGACCACGGCUCAUACUAUCCCAUGCUAAUGUCCGGAAUAAAUGGAAUUACCAUCGACCAGAAAUCUAACUUCUCGUUCAACUUUUCAAAGAGCGCGCAAGACUUUCCCCAGUUGUUAACGAGAUUCACUUGGGGUACAGAAGAGUUUCGCUGGGAUAUCUUCGACGAGGAUUAUACCGAAGCAGACUGGGUCUAUCCUCCAGUCAUCGGCCAGAAUGGUUUUGUUGGAUCAGCAACCGCAUGGAAUGGCACCAUGAACUCGCAGUACUUCGAUCCGGAAGCUGGAGCUAGCGAGAAUGACAUUUAUUCAUUUCCGCAGUAUCACCAUAUGCUGAAUUACGUAGAGCGGUCAUACUGGCUGGGUCGCUUUGCGAAUGGCUCCCAGGUUGUGCCUGGGAUGUACAACUUUCGUAUUGCCGCCUUGCUGCCGUUUGGUGAUCCUACCAAGUCCACUGACUGGGACCUCUGGGAGACGCCAUCCUUCACAGUUCUUCCAAAAGCCUAAGAAAUGAUGUGGCAAAGGUUUGACGAUGAUGUGGGAAGCUUUAGAUGUUCGAACAGCCCAACACGACUCAGUAUGUGGAUGCCAAGCCAGUACUUUGGUGACUAUCCAUCGUCGGCGAGGCGGCUCAACCUGGCUGCCACGACGUCAAUCAAGGCAGGAUCGUCUUCACAAAUCAGAUCAGAUUAGAUUCUGCACUGCCCAGUUACUGCCGCCGUGGAUGAUGGUCUAGCUCCACUGUUCCUCU